AUGUUUCAUAGAUAGUAUAUAGAGUAGUCUCACAACCAAAGUUUUUAAGUUUUAGAAAGCAAAGAAUAUCGUUUCUUAGGAGACAAGUUAGUAUUAAGUGAGAACUCAGAUGAAGAGGAAAUUAAGGAAUAGAAGAAAGAAUUUAAAGUAUUAUAAAAGACGAGGAAAAAACUAAAUUGGAGGAAGAGUAUAGGAUUGUUAUUGGUUUAGAGAAGAUCAAGUGCAAUGUCUUAUGUGGACUUUAAUUGGGAGAAAUUUUAAUUGCGUUUAAGAGGAUUAUUGAAAAAGAUAAUUAAAGGAUGUACUAUAGAAAAACCUUAUAUUUUAAGUCCAGAUGGGUCAAUUAAAAUGAUGUGGGAUUUAUUAUGUCUUGGAUUAGUGAUGUAUGAGAUGAUUAGUAUUCCUUUAUAAAUAAGUUUUGAGAUUGAUGUGAGUGUUGAAUUUUCAAGAGUUUCAACAGGAAUAUUUGCAUUUGAUAUUUUAUUGAAUUUCAAUACUGGAAUUUUUGAAGAUGGAUUAUUAAAAAUGAAUAGGAAUGCAAUAAUAAAGGAUUAUGUUUAAUUUUGGUUUUGGGUUGAUUUUACAACUACAUUUCCAUAUGAUAUAAUAUUGGAUGAAUCAUCACAUUUCAUUUAAAGUGCAAAACUAUUAAGAUUAUUGAAAUUCUUAAGAUUUAUAAAAAUAUUAAAGUUAUUAAGAUUAGCUAAAUUGAAAAAGAUAAUGGAUAAAUUUAAUGAAAUAUUAUAAUUAAAUUCAAUCUUAGCAGCAAUAUUAACAUUUGGAAAAUUGUUUUUAUUUGUGUUAUUUUUUGCACAUCUUUUAGGAUGUAUAUUUCAUUUUACUGCAUAAUAAGAAGAUAAGAAUAAUUAAUGGUUGGGAGAUUUAUAUAAUGCAGAUUGGUAUAUAAGAUAUAUAAAUUCAUUAUAUUGGGGAGUAACAACAAUGACAACAGUUGGAUAUGGAGAUAUUAGUCCAUUAAAUCCAACUGAAAGAUUUUUAGGUAUAUUUUUAUUAUUAAUUGCUUGUGGUGGAUUUGCUUUUACAAUGAAUUCAAUAGGAUUUGCAUUAUAAAAAAUAAGUGAAAAGUCAAGUUAAACUAAAGAUAAAUUAAGUUAAGUAAAUAAAUAUAUGAAAAAAGCUAAGAUUCCUGAGACACUUUAAAAUAAAAUUAGAAAAUAUUUAGAAUAUGUUUGGGAUAGAAAUGGAGGAGUAGUUUUAUAAUAAAUAACAGGAGCUUUAUCAGUUGAUUUAUCAAAAGAAUUAUAAGAAUAAGUAAAUGGUAAAUUAUUUGGUUAUUUGGAUAUAUUUUGGUCAAAUCAUUCAUAUGAUUUCUUAGUAUUAUAAGUAAUGCCAAUAAUGAAAGAAAAAGUAUUUUGUCCUUAAGAAAUAAUAUUUGAUGAAUCUGAAUAAGAAUCAUAUGAUAUAUUUAUGAUAUAAUCUGGAGAAGUGGAUAUCUAUUUUCAAAAAACUAAUAUUACAGUUGAUAAGAAAGGAAAGAAUGAAUUUUUUGGUGAAAUUAGUUUUUAUUCUGCUCAUAAACGAACUGCAAGUGCUAAGAGUGUAGAUUUCUCUAAUAUUUUCAGAAUAAAUUCAAGUGAUUUUCUGAAAUUAGCAAGAUCUCAUAGUAAUGAUGUUCAAACUUACUUUAAAAUUAGACAUAAAAUAGUAUUUGAUAAAGAUUAUAGUGCCAUAAAUAUAAGAUGUUAUAUGUGUUAGAUGGAUGAUCAUAUUGCCAGAGAUUGCCCAUCAUUGCACUUCUAAGUGUAAAUUAGUUGAUUGAUAUUAGAUAGGCAUCACAUUAUUUAGCUUUCUUAUAAUAAGUAAAGCAUGUUUAAUAGUCUUCCUUUGUUAGAAAAGAUAGAUUGGAUUUCAAUGCUCGAUUUCAUAACAAUCUCAUUUCUCGUAUUUAAGGUAAAUUUAUUAAAACUGAAAAGAAAAUACAAUAUUAUUAAGAAAAUAAAUCACAUAUGUUGAUAAGUAUAGAAUAAUUAGAAGUCUAAAGUAUAAAAACUGAGGAAGAUGAUUAUAAUGCAAUCAAUUAAAUUAAUAGACUAGACAAUUUUGAUAGAAGAUUCAAAUAAUCAGUAAGAUUGAAACAUCGUAAAAAUGAUAAUAAAAAUGAAAAUAAUGGUCAUAAAACUGAAUUUAUUGGCCGUAAAAUUAGAAAUACAAAUAGAGUUACUACAAUAAUAAGACGUGAUCCUAUGGGAAAAUUAACUAUUUCAUGUGGAUCAGAGGAUGAUCAAAUUGAUAAAGUUGCUUUAGAGAGAAUUAAUAAAUAUUUAGAAGAUUUCCAUAAAAAAAUAUCAUUGUCACGUAAAAAAGAAUGGAAAGAAUUCUCUUCCAUUCCUAAUUUUGAAAAAUAUCAUGAAUAUCAUAUCUAUUAUCCAGAAAGCAAUAUUUCUAAAAUUAUACCUUAAUAUUAAAAAUAGAAAGCUAAAAUUAUGACAGAUGUAUCUUUAAAUUCUUAAACAUUUGGUGAAGAAGAACUCAUCUCUUAUGCUUAAUAUUAUUGUUAUGACUUAGAAGCUGUAGAUAUCUCUAAAUUCUUCAAUAAAACAUAAAAUAGAAAUAUGUUAAAUUAUGAAGAAUAAAGAAUCUCUAGGUUGGAUAGAAGAAUGAAAAAAAUGUAAAAUUACAUCCGUAAACCUGCCAGAGUAUUUAUAUUGAUCUUAAUCUUUCUAGAUUAAAACAGCUGUUUUAGUACUUAAAGCUGUUAAGAAAUUUUCUAAAAGUUUAAAAAAUAUCCCUGUUCUAUGA